AUGAACAGUCAAAUAUUUAAAAUUAUAAAUAAAAAUAACCUUAUCAAAACUAUAAAUAAUUUUAAUAAAUGUUAUUAUUCAACAUCAAUUAAAAAACCAUCAAGUUUUAAUAAAUCACAAAAUAUAUUCGAUAAACCAUUAAGAAGAGUAUUUUUUAAUGUACCAGGCAGCGAUAGAAGAAAAAUUGACAAAGCCAUUGCAUUAUCAGAUAAAAUCGACUCAAUUGUAUUGGAUAUAGAAGAUGGUGUAGCAAUUAAUAAAAAAGAAGAAGCUAGAGAAAUGAUUAAGAAAUCUGUAGUCGAAGAUUCAUUUGGUAAAGCAGAAUUAUUGGUUAGAGUUAAUAGUGUCGAUAGUGGUUUACUCGAAGCUGACAUUGAUAUGAUUGCAAAGAUACCAACCUAUAUCGAUGGCAUUGUCAUUCCAAAAGUAGAGCAUCCAUACCAUUUACAUUAUAUAACAUUAUUACUCAGAGAGAAAUGUGGUGAUAAGAAUGCCGCCAAUUUAAAGUUUAUGGCAUGUGUCGAAUCAGCAAUCAGCGUUAUCAAUUUAAAGGAUAUUUGUAAUUAUAGUUUAGGUACCGAUACACCAUCACAAUUAAAUGCAUUAAUAUUUGCCUCAGAGGACUAUUGUGCAGAUACUGGUAUCACUCGUACUCCUUCCGCCACCGAGUUGUUAUAUGCUCGUAGUAGCGUAGUUAAUCAUGCUGUAGCUCAUGGUUUACAGGCUAUCGAUAUGGUUUGCAUAAACUAUAAAGAUCAAGAAGCUCUUAAAAAAGAAACACUUGAAGGUGUCCACUUGGGUUUCCACGGUAAGCAAGCUAUUCAUCCAAAUCAAAUCGAAAUCAUCAACGAUUGUUUUAGACCAUCAUUAGAAAAAUUCAGAUUUGCAUCUAAAAUCGUAGAAGAGAACGAAAUUCAUCAAUCACAAGGCAAAGGUGCUUUCGAAAUUGAUGGUAAGAUGAUUGAUAUGCCAAUGGUAAAAUGGGCUAAAAAAGUAUUAUCAAUUGAAACAUUUUAUCCACCAAGAGAAGAAGAAGAAGAUCAAUAA